GGCACCAUUAAGGAGAUAUGCCUUUCCAUCUCACUAACUGAUUCCUCCAAUGAGGCCUUACCUCCUAACAGCACAUCAACGAAGAGCGCAUCAGUAGACCACUCUACCAAUGGGUAUAGCCUCCCCUUGAUCCAGUUAACUUCUAAACACAUUGGACUUUGAGGGGUACAAUUCACAUCUAACACAUAACACAGGUGCACAUCUGUUGCUGUGGAACACUAGAACUUGGGCCCAUUCUGAUCCACUCAGUUUAAUGUUUCUAUGCAGAGCACAUAGAAACAAGAAGAGAUGUCAAGAACGCCUACUCACAGUGAGGCCAGGUACUUGAGCAUGGAAGACAGCCUCCAUUGAGAUGGGUAAUGUAGUUGACUUUCACAGAUCCACAAGUGGAUUAAGAGAACAGAGAAGAUAGUUGCUGAGAUCUCUGGAGAUUUGCAUAGUUCCAUCCAUGCUUGCAGCCCAUGGGAAAGGACUUCGGCUGUAGGAGUAUUUGGUGGGAGGAUCGGAGUGCAGUAGGAAGGCCAAAGGAAAUGUAUGCAAGAAGAAUUUUGAGAGUUUAUACCACUCCUUUCUGCUCUGAUUAAACAAGACACUGCUGUAUUUUACCUGAGCUUGGCAAAGCAAGGAUAUGAACAAUUGUGCAGGUGGGCUACUCAGGGCGAGUGAAGAGAUCAGGCAUCCAAUCAGGGACUGGUAACCUGCAGCUGUGCCAAUAUGCCCCUCCACCAGAUUUCCGUAAUGCCAGCCCGGGAGACUGCCAGCAAUGGGAGAAGUUCAAUGGGCAGAAACAAAGAGAAGAACAAGGAAGUCGAGAAUGACAAAUCCCCAGGGAGAUCUGCUAGUCGAUCGAGUAACAUUUCAAAAGCCAGCAGCCCCACCACAGGGACAGCUCCCAGGAGCCAGUCAAGGUUGUCUGUCUGUCCAUCCACUCAGGACAUCUGCAGGAUUUGUCAUUGUGAGGGGGAUGAGGAGAGCCCCCUCAUCACACCGUGUCGCUGCACGGGGACCCUGCGCUUUGUCCAUCAGUCUUGUCUCCACCAGUGGAUCAAGAGCUCAGACACGCGCUGCUGCGAACUCUGCAAGUACGACUUCAUCAUGGAGACCAAGCUCAAGCCCCUCCGGAAGUGGGAAAAGCUACAGAUGACCACGAGUGAAAGAAGGAAAAUAUUCUGCUCUGUCACAUUCCAUGUCAUCGCCAUUACCUGUGUGGUUUGGUCCUUGUAUGUGUUGAUAGAUCGGACAGCAGAGGAAAUCAAGCAAGGCAAUGACAAUGGUGUCCUUGAAUGGCCAUUUUGGACAAAACUGGUUGUGGUGGCCAUUGGCUUCACAGGAGGUCUUGUCUUCAUGUACGUACAGUGUAAAGUCUAUGUUCAGUUGUGGCGCAGGCUGAAGGCCUACAACCGAGUGAUCUUCGUGCAGAAUUGUCCAGAUACUGCCAAUAAACUGGAGAAGAACUUCUCAUGUAACGUAAAUACAGACAUCAAAGAUACAGUGGUCGUGCCUGUAUCACAAACAGGUACAAAUUCACUACCACCUGCAGAGGUUGGGCCUCCAGAAGUAAUACCAGUUUGACGGAACUAGAUGGGAGUUUCUUCACCUAAGAACAUCUUUGUAGCCUUCAGCCACUACAAAUGACAGACAUGAUCCUGCAUUAUUCACUCCUUUUAUCUCUUGCUUUCCCCUACUGACUCAUUUUUCCAUAUUUUGCUCAAAAAGGAAAGGAGGAAAAGAAAAUCAAAUGACUAGGAUCUCAUGAAAGAGCCUAAAGGAUGAUAUGGAAACAUGAAGCUUGCUCAAGAAUGAUUUCUAAGACAAUAAAAAACCACUGGUACAAGGAAUGCUUUUAGACAAUGAGGAAAGAUUAAAUGGACACGAUUUUCUUUACAGUAGCAGGGGAAAAGUUCAAGAAUACAGACUUGAAUUGCAAUGUGUAUUUCUUCGGGCCUUGUAAUGUUGGGUAUUUCAUGUGGAAAUAACAAAUGUAUUUUGUUUUAAGCCUGAAAUUGUCUGCAAUAUCCUUAAGUCACAGUGGAAGCAAAGUUGGAGGAUGCGUAUUUUGAUAUACAGAUUUUUAUGGCUAUAGUGGAGUCUGGUUGUUUUGACAGAUGCAUGUUUUAAAAAUGGAUGCAACACACAUUUGAAGAUAGUAAUACCCGGAAUUACAUUUAAGUCAUGAACAAAAAAAUCUUAAGAGAAUGUUUGGGUUUAAUUAGCUCUGUUAAGUACUCAGAAAUUGAAAUCACUUAUCAGGUCCUAUAUUUUAUCUGGUUCCUCUAACACAAUGUUUGCCAACAGAAAUAGGACACUGGCUAUGAAUGUGGGCCACAAAUUUAAAUUUAAAAUUUCCAAAUAACCCUGUCAGAAAACAUAAAAAUAGGCAAAUAUUCAUUUUGAACAUUUUAACACUAUAAAUACAAGUUGUUUCAACACGCCACCGACGUAAAAAAUUAUAGAAAUUGUGUUUUUGAACCAAGACUUCAAAAUACAGUAUGUACUUCAUAAAACACCUCAAUCUCAAUUAAUUAGAUAGCAUAGCUCUAAAAUGAGUAAGCCUCUGCUUCAUGUAACAGCUGAAUAUUCUGAAGCAGCAGCUUAAUUCAUUCCCUUAUUUCAAACUUUCACUUAAAGGGCACGAUUUUACAAAGCACUAAAGUAAUCAACUUAAGUAUCCUGGUUUGAAGAGUAACAUGAAGUUACCAUUUCUCCAAAGGGAAAAAAAACCCAAAAUACAGAAAGUAAUCUGCCAGUAGCAAGCUGCUUGCUACUAUGAAGCAUUUCUGAUACGUAAGUAAAAUUAAAUAUUUUUGUUAUUACAACUGUAGUUUUUAAUCCAUGCCAGUUGAAUAAUUACAACCAAGAAUGUAGAUCCUAUUUUUAAAAACUGACAGUAGUUACCUUGCUCAGUUAAGAAGCAAAAAUAUUCAAGAUUCUGUAGGUAAUAAUUUGAGUUAUUUAGGUUGGACAGUUACUGCAUUCUUUACAUAUUCAUAUAAAACUCAAGUGUGACUGAUACUGCAAUGAACUACAUUCAUAAUUGUAGAUAGUACAGGGGCAUAAUAUGUAGAUAAUUUGGCAGGGGCCUGCCGAAGAACAAUGUCCUACAUUUUUUUAAAAAGGUGAUUUUUGUUAACUGUCAUAUUUAUUAUUGUGAAAAGGCAAGGAUGGCUGUAAGAACCAAAGCAUGGGUUAUCACAUUGCACAAAUCUGGGUUAUCACAUUAGUGCACUUUGUAAUUUUCAAUGUGUUUGUUCUUCACAGAUUAUCAAAGGAAAAAAAAUAACAUUUUAAUGAGAGUGUGCAUAUUAGUAGUUGUUAACAUUGGGUCCCAAUAGUCCCAUUCCUAGAAAUAAAGCAAAGGUAAACAAUGUCAAGUACGUGUGUGUGUGUGCGUGCGUGUGUGAUGUAUUCAUGCAUAUAUGCAAGAAAAAAAUGUUAAGUUGUUCAAUCAGGAAACAAAGAAUUUAAAAUUCAUCUUUCUUAAAACCUGUGGUAGGGGCACAGAGUAAAGGGACAGGAAAACAAAGUGAAGGUAACUAAACUAGACCAAAAAUUCAACACAAUUAAGGACUUUAAAGAGUCUUUUAAAAAGAAUAAACUUUGUAUUAACUUCUAAGACUUCCCUUUUAAAGAUUUAAGAUAAAUACAAGUGUGAGUAACAAAGCUUUGGGUGAUUUAUCCAUCAUACCAUACCUAAAGGAUUAAAAUUCCUUCAACUUUCCAGUUUACUUUUUCUAAGCCAUUUUUCCUGUGGUUUAGCAAUGGCGAUGUAUUGUCUAUAAAUAUUCCUGAGGAAAAAGAAGUCACCAGCAAACAAAGAAAUAUCUAUUACUCUGGUCUGCUUUGGAAGAAAAAGGACUAUUUACCCUUAAUUACCAUGGAAAAUUACUUUUAAAGCAAGACAGGUGAGUGCAUGUCUUAUUUCACAGUGGGAGAUGAUUGGCUAAAAGGAAACCUCACUUAUCAAAGGGUGCACUUAAACCUAAGGAAACAUUUCUACAAUGAAAAGCAAAAUUAAGCUUUGCUAUCUUAAAGGUAAAAGAUAAUGGUGUUUUUAAACUACCAAAAUUCUAAAAAAAUUACCUUUAUAGGCUUUGAUUUUAUUGAAAUGCGAAUAUAGCUCCCGAACAGGAUUAAAAGUCAACAUUUAAUUCUAUUCUUCUGACUUUUCAAAACCCUAAACUGAAUUUUAUUUUGCAGAAUUUUCAUUAAAAAAGCUUUCCUGCAAUGAAUAUUUAUGAUUUGAACAAUCUGAAAUAAUCAUAUUCAUUUAAAACCUAAUGUUUUUUUUUUUUUAAUUCCAUGCAGCAAUGGUACAUUUGUCCUUUCAAAAAAUAAAAAUAUUUGCCUUCAUGGCAGUGCUUUUUGGUGGACUGAUUUACCUCUCAGAAAAACUGCUGUAUAUAAUUUUUUAAAUUGUUUUUGAGGUAUGCUUGCUUACCUGCUCCUGUAAGAAAUAAAAUGGAAUUGAAACAGGACUGAAAUGGGAAAAUGCACUUAAAAAUCUUGGCUAUUCGAAAUUGUAACAAGAAAAUGUGCUUUCAUACCAUAAAUUACAGGCACUGAUCCUAUCCCUUUUUUAACUAAGUAACUGUCACUUAUUUGUAGAAGGCUAAAGAUUACAUUGCAAGGGAAUGAAAUUUCACAUUUUUAAAAGUGAAGACAAAAAGGCAACUAGCUUAUGUAUGAAAACAAAAUAAAAAUGGAAAAUUUUUAAGUGAUCCCAACCGAGGAUACAGCAAUGCAGAAUUUGGAGUCUUUCUCACAAUGUCCCAGCAUUAAAUCUCAUUCAGAGCUACUGUUAACAUUGAUGAUAAUCCCCAAGAUGGUCUCAUAGUUACAUUGUUUCUUGUUUUGCACAAGGUCCUCAGUACCCUUAAAACAUCUAUUCUUUGGCUGGAAAAUUAUUUAUCAUUCUAAGGACAUCAUUGAGAAAAAUUAUAGUCGGGGUGAGGUGGGAAGGGCAUUCAAACUGCCAGAUACAAUUUACCUUUCCUUGCCUAGCCAAUGAAUAUUUUGGAACAAAGUACAGAUCUUUAAACAUAAUUAUUAUUGUAAUUGUUACAUAAUAAUUCUGUAAAAAAUCAUACCUUAAGAAAGAUGAAAACCUUUUUUCCUUACUUAAAUCAGCCCAAUGGUGCUAUUUUACAUACCAAUACAGAUGAAAGGAAGUACUGUUAUGUUGGGCUGCAGUGUUUCCUCCAUGUCUAAAGAAGCCCAUUUUGAAAUUGGAUAUUGCAUUGAAACAAAGAAAAAAUUAUUUUAAUAGUGUGCAAUUUUUGAGAUUGGGCAUUUGUACUUUUUUCAGUUUUACCUCUCUU